UCAAUGAAUCGAUCGGUUUUCUAGAAAGCUUCCAUUGUCUGGGUGGUACCCUUUUUGUAUAGAGCUACACACCUCAAUGUCGCUCUUGCGCGAAGCCGAGAAGUGCUUGGCUAACCAGGGCUCUCAUGCGGCUCUAAAUGCGCUAAUCACCACUCUACAUCAGUCAGGGCAAUGGUUGGAACGUGUGAGAGAUGCGGAUGCGCGGCGCACCCGGGGGACGCCCAAGUCCGAGGUAGAUGGCCUGUUGGUCGCCGUCAAGGACAACAUAUGCACACGCGAUCUUCCAACAACAUGCGCUUCAAACGCUCUGGAUAAAUUCGUCAGUCCGUUUAACGCGACAGUUGUUCAACAGUUGGAAGACGCAGGUGCCGUCGUGGCCGGCAAAGCCAAUCUCGACGAAUUUGGAAUGGGAUCCCACUCUAUACAUUCGAACUUUGGUCCUGUCAAAAGCUCGCGCCGUGACCUGCAUGCCGAGUAUCUCUCGGCCGGUGGUAGUUCGGGUGGAAGUGCGGUUGCUGUUGCGACAGCCCAAUGUUAUGCAGCGUUGGGUACUGAUACAGGCGGCUCCGUGCGAUUGCCCGCCGCAUAUACGGGAACAGUCGGCUUCAAGCCUUCUUAUGGGCUAGUCUCUCGCUGGGGAGUGGUUGCGUAUGCCAACUCACUAGAUACGGUCGGAAUACUGGGAAGAGACGUGGCCAGCGUUCGCCGUGUCUUCGGCGUGGUAAACCAGCAUGAUUCACGCGACCCCACUAACCUUUCUCCCUCCAGUCGGUCGCGGCUAGAUUCACAUCUAAGGAUGCCUGCCUUGGCGUCUCGGACAAACUAUCCCCUCAGGAUAGGAGUUCCAGUCGAGUACAACAUAUCAGAGUUGUCUCCAUCUGCGCGACAUGCGUGGUCUCGCUCGCUGGCCCAUUUGCAGCGACAGGGCCACAGCAUCCAAAUGGUCUCCCUUCCAACGACUAAACUCGCGUUGUCGGCAUACUAUGUACUCGCGCCUGCUGAGGCAUCCUCAAACCUGGCCAAGUAUGAUGGCGUCAGGUACGGGAGCCGCCCUGAAGCACCAGAUGGGAAUGCAUCGUCAGAAAGUUAUCUAUAUGCGAAAACACGAGGUGAAGGUUUCGGCUCCGAAGUCAAAAGACGGAUCCUGCUCGGGGCAUUUAGCCUAAGCGCUGAUGCUAUGGAUAACUACUUUAUUCAAGCACAGCGGGUUCGCCGCCUUGUUCAACAUGAUUUCAACACCGCAUUCAGGGCAUGCCAACCCCUGAUUUCUUCGCGACUGGGAUCAAAGUCGGAUUCUGCAGACGCUGGUGUAGACGUUCUCAUUUGCCCAACAGCGCCGUCAUCACCACCACGCAUAUCAAGCCUUACCGGACCCGAUGCGACAGCUUCGCCCUUGGAGGCAUAUACAAAUGAUGUUUUUACUGUGCCUGCUAGUCUGGCAGGCCUUCCGGCCAUAUCUGUACCGGUCACUACAGAAAGCGCUGGUGAUACCGAGGAUGGAGAUUUGGCUGGAAUCCAGGUUAUUGGUCAGUACGGUGAUGAUGAGCUUGUGUUAAAGGUUGCCGAGAUGCUCGAGGGCAGGCACCUAUGAAAAACUUUUGUCUCCUUAAAUGCGAAUACCCCAGACUCC